ACUGAUUAUUUGUUCGGGUUAUAUCUGGCAUAAAUGAAAUUGUUCAGGUUAAAAUUAGAACUUUUUUUGCAAUUGUAUGUGCACUGAAAUGGAUUCAUAUUAUCAUCUUAAGUUUUAUUUUCUGAGGGAAAAAAGUUGAUCAAAAAGAGAAACUAAUAUCAACUUCAGACAGAUAAAAGAAAGCAUUAUAAGUUUAUAACAGUCUAAAAGAUUGAAUGAGUGAUCUCAGUGGUCCUUAGGUUCUUUUCAGUAUUUCCUAAAAGACUUUUGAAAAAUAUUUUAUUUUCUCUUUUUUGAAAAAAAAUAUUUUAUUUUCUCUUUUUUGAAAAAUAUUUUUGUUCUAAAAUAUUUUCCAGAACAACCAAAUAAAACAUAAGAACUAAUUAUAUAAUGUUGUUGGAGUAGUACAUUGAAACGAUCUUUUAAGUUAGAAAAUGUGUUUUGUGAUGUAAUAACUUCUUCAUCACAAAUACAAAAAUAGUUAUCUUCAAGAAUCUACAAAAACUAAGACCACAAUAGAUGUUAAUUAUGAAGGGAAAAAAAAAGAGGUAAAUAUGUAAUUUAUGAUAUGUACAUGUUAUUUUAUACCAUAAGCUUUAUAGUAUCCACACAUUCAAAUCAAACAAAUAAUUAUUGAAAAAAACAAUGCUUAAUUUGUGUGCUUUGUGUUUUAACUCUGAAAUUAGAUUUUCAUCCCAAAAUAUAACCCUUCCUAAAUAUUAUCCAUCAGAUAAGAAACAAUGAAAAUAGAAAACUUUCUCAACCCAUUAAAUUUUUUUUUUUUUUAGAAAAAAAACUUCCAAAUAUAACAUUUACUAAACAAAAGUAGGAAAAUAUAUCAUUUGUGUUACUUUUUCCUUGCACGAAAAGAAAAAAAAAAAGAAGAAGAAGGAGAAAGACAACAAUGUGGCUACCGAAAACAGAUGCGACAACCAAAGGAACAAGAAGUGGUUCAGUUGCUAUUGCAAUAGACAACGACAAAACCAGCCAAAAUGCUCUCAAAUGGACAAUGGAGAAUCUUACUUCUCGUGGUCAAACUCUUGCUCUUAUUCAUGUCGUUCCCAAAUCUCAAUCUUCUUCAGACAUUGAAGAAGGAAUAACUCAUAAGCAGCAGAUAGAGAAGGAAACAAAACAUCUCUUUGUAUCUUUCCACUGUUUUUGCAGCCGUAAGGAGAUUAAUUGUCUGGACGUUGUGCUUGAAGAUGUAGACAAAGUCAAAGCAAUUGUCGAAUACGUUACAGUUUCUGCGAUUGAGAACUUAGUACUUGGUGCCCCAUCAAGAAACAGCUUUAUGAGAAGAUUCAAAACUGAUUUACCAACGAGCGUAUCAAAGGCAGCUCCAGACUUCUGCAAUGUCUACGUCAUUGCCAAAAGCAAAAUCUCUUCCCUGCGUAGCUCCUCUCGUCCUGCUCCUUACCAUCCAUCAGUUCUCAGCGAAUUUGACAAUCACGAAACCACUGAGAACAAACACAAAACACGUGAAGCUACCACACCAGCAUAUUCUAGGGGAAGAAGAUCAGUUGAUUCAGAUGGUCCAAGAUCAGGGUUUGUGAAACCACCACAAGGACAUAUGAAACUGAUGGGGGACUUCUCAGAUUCAGAGUCAGAGUACUCAUUCAUAAAUGCUUCACAACAAGGUUCUGACAUCUCCUAUAUCAGCUCUGGGAGACCGAGUGUAGAUCGGUCCUCUUUCACCUACGAUCUACCAGACUCGGCAAGAACCUCAAGAAUGUCAACAAGCUCAGAGCAGAGUAUUGGGUCAAAUAGGUUAGGAAUCAAGUUUACGGAUUUGGGUUUUCUCAAUAACGCUUCUACUGCUUCUGAAGAGAGUGGAAGAACCUCUUGCUCCUACUCAUCUCAAAGCUUGGGUGAUGUUGAAGCUCAAAUGAGGAGACUGCGUUUAGAGCUAAAGCAAACCAUGGAUAUGUAUAGCUCAGCUUGCAGAGAAGCUUUAACCGCAAGGAACGAGGCGACAGAGCUGCAAAGGCUGAGGUCAGAAGAGGAAAGAAGAAUGGAAGAACUAAAGAUGACAGAGGAGACAGCAAUGUCAAUGGUGGAGAAGGAGAGAGCAAAGGCCAGAACAGCCACAGAAGCUGCUGAAGCUGCGCACAGGCUUGCGGAAGCAGAAGCAAAGAGAAGACUAAACGCAGAGAUGAAGGUACUGAAAGAAAACGACUCUUUCCCACGACAUAGCAUCGUCAGGUACAGGAAAUACUCUGUUCAAGAAAUCGAAGAAGGAACUGGAAACUUCGCAGAGUCAAGAAAAGUUGGAGAAGGAGGGUAUGGUCCUGUGUUUAGAGGUCAUCUUGAUCACACAAGUGUUGCUGUUAAGGUUUUGCGUCCUGACGCUGCUCAAGGAAGAUCACAGUUUCACAAAGAGGUUGAAGUACUAAGUUGCAUAAGACAUCCAAACAUGGUCCUUCUCUUAGGAGCCUGUCCAGAAUACGGUAUCCUCGUCUACGAAUACAUGGCCAAAGGAAGCUUAGACGACCGCCUCUUCAGACGCGGAAACACUCCCGCCAUAUCAUGGCAACUGCGUUUCAGAAUCGCGGCCGAGAUCGCCACAGGUCUCCUCUUCCUACACCAGACCAAACCAGAACCAAUCGUCCACAGAGACUUGAAACCAGGAAACGUCCUCCUCGACCACAACUACGUCAGCAAGAUCAGCGACGUGGGGCUCGCGAGACUCGUCCCCGCGGUAGCAGAGAACGUGACGCAGUGCAGAGCCACGUCAGCUGCGGGCACGUUUUGUUACAUCGACCCUGAGUAUCAACAAACAGGAAUGUUGGGCGUGAAGUCUGAUGUUUAUUCGCUAGGGAUCAUGCUCUUGCAGCUUUUGACUGCGAAACAGCCGAUGGGUUUGGCUUAUUACGUGGAGCAAGCGGUUGAAGAAGGGAAGCUUAAAGACAUGCUUGACCCUGCGGUACCGGAUUGGCCAUUGGAGGAAGCUAUGUCUCUUGCUAAGUUGUCGUUACAAUGUGCUGAGCUGAGAAGAAAAGAUAGGCCUGAUCUUGGUAAAGAAGUGAUGCCUGUGCUUAAUAGACUGAGAGAGAUGGGUGAAGAGAGUCUUGAAAGUGUGUAUUACGCUGGACAUGGACCCAUGUCACAUUCUAGCCAAGUCUCUUAUACAUCGGAAGGUAGGAGUGCUCCUUAUAUAUCGAAUGCAGGUUCUUCUAUAUCGAAUGAAGGAUCUACAAUGUCACACCCAUAGGUUUGAGCACAGACAAGGAAUCUGGAGAAAAAUAUCAGUAGAAGAAAACCAAGAGCAAUGUAUAUAUUCAGGAAGAGAGUUGUUUGUUUGAGCUUGAAGAAAAGAGGUGUUUGGGAGAGCCAACAAAAAAAAUUGAAUUUCGAUUAAGAAACAAUGUAUAUAUUGAUAAUUAAAAAAAACAAUAUGUAUAUAUAUA